UGUUUCGAAUCUUACUGGCGCGGUUGUGCUGUUCCAGGUGUCGCGUGCAGUUUUUUUGGCUAUCGUGAGAGAUCCGCGGAACUUGACCGUUUCAUAUAUCUAUAUUGCGAGUACACAGUUAAGAAUCGAAUUGUAAGAAUGAAUUACAAACUGUUGGUUUGCUGUUGCCUUUUGGUGCCUCUGGUGGCGUCAUUACCCCAAGAGGAAGGGCUUCGAUCGUUACUGUUGCAGAGGUCUCGCCAGAGAAGUAAAGGUCAGUUUGCACAGACGGAAAACGAUGUAUAUAAGCACGAAGAUCAGAGUCGUCCUGGAAUUCCAAUUGCAGACAACCUAGAGACGAAAAAUGAGGCAACCGAAUCUACAGUGGAUGCUGCACCAACGGGCACCACACCAACACUCACUAAGAAAGGGCUUCACUCAUUGUUGUCAUAUAAAAAAAAUCAAUUGUUAGGUAAAGAAGCCAAAGCCAAAGCCCUUGCUGAAGGAAGUGAAAGCAGCACACCUUCCUCGUCGAGUACCGCUUCUGACUCCUCAGCUGCGUCAGAUGAUCUGUCCUCGACUUCAACCGGCACGACACGUCGUACUCGUCCCACACGUCCAGGUGGCAGUCGUGUUACUCCUACCCGCAUUACCACUUCACGUACUCCAAGAACCACCACCAAACGUAGUGCGACAACAUCAACCGAGGCUACCGUCUCGACAACGUCCAGGACAACACGAGCUCGUCGAGGACGUCCAACUAGACCAUCGAAACUAGCGUCACUCAGCACUGCUGCCCAAUCAGAUGCCCCCACGUCAACUGCAGCGGCAGCGGCGGCGGCGCCGACAACGUCGACAACAACAACAACUACAACAACGACCACCACGACCAAAGCAGCCCCCUCGACUGCUGCAGCUCUUGUAGCUUCACCGGAAGCCACAGUUCCCGUAUCUUCAAGUACCGGCAGCAGCAGCAGCAGCACAUCGACUUCCACGUCAACGUCUACAACGACAUCGACUUCGACUUCCACGCCAGAUGCUAAACACAAGCCUGUUGCUACGAGCGAGGAAGAUGACGCCGUUGUGAUUACGGCGUCCUCGGCUGAGCUGUCCACCGGCGAAAACUCCGUCGCUCCUAAGUAGGAUUCUUGCGCUGUCGCCGGAGCCUUGUGUUUGUUUCGCGUGUUAUGCAAUAGUCUAAAAAUAAAUUAAAAUUUUUAAGUUGUGCAGAGUGGAUUGUGAUUGAAUUUUUGGAGGUUUAUCA